AUGGGUGAUGGUAAUGAGUAUAUCCAAUCACUAGACUACAUACCAAUGGAUACUUCACAUAGACCAAUGCCUGGAGUUCCAGAUCCUUAUUAUAAUGUAAAUCCAAUGUAUCAAAAUACAAAUGUAAUGUAUCAACAGCAAAUGCCUCCACAUAUGAAUUAUCAACAACAGCCAUCAAAUCAAAAUAUUUCUCAGAUGCCACAACAAAUGCCUCCACCCCAUUCUCAAGGUCUUCCACAACAACCACCACCUCCUGUAAAAGGUAAAAAAGGAAGAAAGAAAGGUAGUAAAAAUGAUGUAUCCUCUCAACAACAGGGACUUCCUUCUCAACAACCACCUUAUGGAAUACAACAUGUUCAAAAUAUGAAUGGACCUAUGCAAAAUGGUCCAGUUUCACAAUGGAAUGGUUAUGGUGGACCGCAGGCACCUCCAGUAAAUCCUGCUUACAGACCACCGCAAUAUAUGCAACAACCACAAAAUUUACAAAUAUCUCAAUAUCCAGUUGGUGGUUAUCCACCUCAACAUGGAAACUAUUAUGGGCGUGGAUCUCAAGAUAUGGGACAAGGUUACUAUCCACCACAACAACAUUCUAAUGGUGCAAGUUCAGGAAAUAUUGCCAAUGGGCAAUACCAACAACCAGGGUCUUCACAAUAUCCUUAUCCUCCAGUGGAACAAAAUAAAAUGCAAGGACCACCAAAUCCAUAUUAUAUGAAUCAAAAUAUAACUACACCUGUGCCGCCACCUCAACAAGGAUAUUAUGGUUCACAAAAUAUUCCACAGGGAGGAAUGAUGGGACCUACUAAUAUUGGUCAACAACAACAACAACAACUUCAAGGAAGGGUGGUAGAAUAUGGUAAUCAACAACAGGGUAUGCCUCAUCAGUUAAAUGAUAGACCACAAGGGCAUUUUUCGGUACAUCAACAGCAGCCUGUUAAAGGCAUUUCAUCAGUGCCACCAAUAUCUUCUCAUCAACAAUAUCAAUUACAAAAUGAUAUAAAAGAAGUGGAAAGGCAACUACAAGGUUUAAGUCAAAUACCACAGACUCCUGAAGUGGCGUCUAAAAUGAAUUAUUACACAAAUGUAUUAAAUUCCUUACGGGGACAAUUAAAAAGGGGUAACGGGUCAAAUUGUUCAACCCCAAUACCUCAACAUUCACCAAUGUUACAACAACAAGUACAACCACAACAACAAAUUCCAAUACAAAAUAUGGGAUCAUGUGUUUCAUCACAAAGAUAUACUUCACCUCAAACAUAUCCAUCAAAUUGCACUUCUCAAUCACAACAAACAUAUCCUAACAUUCAACAACAGGCUCAUGUUCCACCAACACAUAUUGGUGGUCAAGGACUGCCUCCUCAACACACUCCUGUUAUGGUUCCUUCAACAAACGGUUCACAACAACAGGUACCUGAAAAUAGUAUGAUGUUAGGACAACAACAGAUACAACAACCGGUAAAUACUCAUAUAACUCCAACAUAUCCAACACCAUACUCAAAUAUGGAUGGUAUUAAUGGUUCUGAAUAUCCAUGUACUACAUCUAAUUCUUCUGCAAAUUCUGGUGGCAGUAAAGAAUCAAUAAUUCCUCCGGAGCCUACACCAUCAAAUUUUGUUCCUACUAGUAAUAUGACGGAUAAAAUAGAAUAUUCUAGUAAUGAUUGUAGUAAUAGUAGAGAAUGUAUCAAACAGGAACAACCAUUUUCUACACAACAACCGAAUCAAAAAAUUAUUAAUGAAACUACUACUUUCAGUGAUAUGACUUACGAUGAUUCAAAGUAUGUAACAAAUGAUAAUAUUGUAAAAACUGAAAAUAACUAUAAUACACAAAUCAAUGAAAAUAAAUCUGAAUAUAUUGAAAAUAAUUUUGAUUCUCGACUUACAAAUGAAAUUCCUCUACCUCCUUGUGAUAAUUUUAAUCAAGAUGAUUCUGAUAGUAUGAAUCAAUUAAUUUCUCGGCCAGCAGAAAUAUCUCCAAAAAUAGUACCACCGGAUUGUAUUCCAUCAUCUAAUGUAUCUCAAGAAUCAUUUUCUCAGAUAGGUAGCAUAUCUCAGGUGACAUCAUUAGAGGAAGAAGAUAAUACUUGUUCAAGUGUUACGGAUACGAUAAAUGAAGUUAUUAAUUCCGUCUUGCCACAACAACCAGUUGCUUUGAAUACUGUGGAAAAUUUUGUUAAUUUAGAAGAAUGUAAACCAGUAAUUGAGGUGACGUCAGGAAGCGGAAAAGGAAAAAAGUCUUUUACACCACGUAUACGUAAAAAUAUUUCAGUUAAUUAUAAUAAUAAAAUGGGUAGAAAUAAAAAAAGGAAAAAAAAUGAUACAGAUUAUUCGGAUGAUGAUGAUGAUGAAUAUUUUAGUAAUAAAAAAAAGAAAAAUAAAAAACCUAGAAUUAAUGUUCAGGUAAAUGAAUGUAGUGAUAUACCUAAAGAAUCAGGAGACAUAGAAUUACAUGAAGAUUUUUAUGAAAAAAGAAGAAGUGGUAGGAGGAAUGUUGAACGAAGUUACGUUGAACAACGAAUGGAAUAUGAUGAUGAUGAGGUGGAGAAUAAUGAAGUUAUUGGUGAAGAAGAUAUUGUAUAUAGCACAGUAAAACUUGAAACACUUUUUAUUGUAGAAAAAAUUUUAAGUUCAAGAAUGUCUAAACGAAUUUUUGAAAUUUAUGUUGAUGACGAUAGUGUAGAAACAGAAACAAAUGUUAUGGGUAAUUUAAAGGAUGAAAAUAAAUCCAGUGAUGAGAUGGGGGUUAGCGAGGAAAAUAAUAAAGACGAAAAUAUUGUAAAUAAUAAAGAAGAAAUCAAAGAAGAUUCUUCUUUAGUGAGUCCUUCUGAUGAUAUUCCUAAUACAGACAAUAAUGAAUGUACUAAUAUUAAUAAUUUAGAUGAAAUAAAAACUGAAGUUGACGUUCCUGAAAAUGUUCCAAUUGAAGAACCAAUGAAUGAAGAAAUAUUAGAAAAACCAAAAAAAAUAAUAACUGAAGAAAGGGAAGUUGAAGAGUAUUUUAUUAAGUUUAAAGGGAGAUCAUAUGUUCAUUGUGCAUGGAAAACAAUUGAAGAACUUGAGGUAGAUGAUAAACGUGUAUUGGCAAAAAUUAAUAGAUAUAAACAAAAAUUGUUAGAACAACCAUUUUUAUGUACAGAUGAGGAUAUAUUUAAUCCUGAUUAUAUUAUUGUAGAGCGUAUUCUAGAUGCUCAAGAAGUUGACGGUAUAAAUUAUUAUUUUGUUAAAUGGAGACAAUUAUCUUAUGAUGAAUGUACAUGGGAAACAGGUGAUUAUGUUAAUCAAGCACUUAUAGAAGAGUAUGAAAAAAGAAAUACUCUUGAUCAAUGUAAAGCUAAUCCUAAAAAAAGACCGGAUAUAGCUGAAUUUAAAGGUAUACUAAAAGAUAAAGUUUAUAAAGAUGGUAAUAAUUUAAGAGAAUACCAACAUGAAGGUGUAUCAUGGUUAACUUAUUGUUAUUAUUGGCAUAGAAAUUGUAUAUUAGCUGAUGAAAUGGGUUUAGGUAAAACAGUUCAAAGUGUUACAUUUUUACAAGAAAUUUAUGACAGUGGUAUUCAUGGACCAUUUCUUGUUAUAGUACCUCUUAGUACAUUACAUAAUUGGGAAAGAGAAUUUGAAACAUGGACAAAUUUGAAUGCUAUUGUUUAUCAUGGUGGUACAUUGUCCAGAGAAACAGCACAAAAAUAUGAAUUUUUUUAUCCACAAAAUUCAACUAAAAAUAAAAGAAAUGUAACUAAAUUUGAUGCUAUUAUAACAACUUUUGAAAUGGUUGUUUCUGAUUGUAGUUCAUUAAGUCAAAUUCCAUAUAGAAUAGCUAUAAUUGAUGAAGCGCAUAGGUUAAAAAACAGAAAUUGUCGUUUAAUAACAAAUGGUUUGGGAUUUUUUAAAAUUGAACAUAAAGUUUUAUUAACAGGAACUCCAUUACAAAAUAAUAUGCAAGAACUUUUUUCAUUGUUAAAUUAUCUUGAUCCAGAACAAUUUUAUUCAGCAAAUGAUUUUCUAAGUAAGUAUGGACAAUGUCAAACAGAGGAACAAGUUAAAGAACUUCAAGAAAUUCUUAAACCAAUGAUGUUAAGACGACUUAAAGAGGAUGUUGAAAAAUCUUUACAACCUAAAGAAGAAACUAUUAUAGAAGUUCAAUUAUCUACAAUUCAAAAGAAAUAUUAUCGUGCUAUACUUGAGAAAAAUUUUUCUCAUUUAUGUAAAGGAACUUCUGCUCCUAGUUUGAUGAAUACAAUGAUGGAAUUAAGAAAAUGUUGUAAUCAUCCUUUUUUAAUAUCUGGUGCUGAAGAAACAAUAUUAAAUGAAUUAAAAGCUGAACAUCCAGAAAUGGCACCAGAUAAAAUAUUAAAUAUGGGUCUUAUACAAAGUUCUGGUAAAUUAGUUUUAUGUUCAAAAUUAUUGCCAAAAUUAAGAAAAGAUGGUCAUAGAGUUUUGAUGUUCUCACAAAUGACCAAAACAUUAGAUCUUAUUGAAGAGUACUUGUGUCUUAAUGGUUUUAAAUUUGAAAGAAUUGAUGGUAAUAUACGUGGUGAUUUAAGACAAGCUGCUAUUGAUAGAUUCUCAAAAGAAGGAUCGGAUAGAUUUAUUUUUCUUCUAUGUACAAAAGCUGGUGGUGUUGGUAUUAAUUUAACUGCCGCUGACACAUGUAUUAUAUUUGAUUCUGAUUGGAAUCCACAAAAUGAUUUGCAAGCACAAGCUCGUUGUCAUAGGAUCGGACAAAAAAAGAUGGUUAAAAUUUAUAGACUUAUAACUGCCAAUACAUAUGAAAGAGAAAUGUUUGAUAGAGCAUCAAUGAAACUUGGUUUAGAUAAAGCUGUUCUUCAAUCUAUGAGUACAAAAGAAAAUCCUAAUCAAUUAUCUAAAAAAGAUAUUGAAGAACUUUUGAAAAAAGGUGCAUAUGGAGCAUUGAUGGAUGAUGACACUGAAGGUAGUAAAUUUGGCGAAGAAGAUAUUGACACAAUUUUAUCUAGGAGAACACAAACAAUUACUCAUGAAAGUGUUACAAAAGGAUCAACUUUUUCAAAAGCUACCUUUUCUACUGGUAACAAUGAUGACAUCGAUAUCAAUGAUCCUAAUUUUUGGAGUAAAUGGGCAGAAAAGGCUAAUAUUAAAACUGAACCAGAAAAAGAAGAAGAUGAUUUAAUAUUGAUGGAGCCUAGAAAUAGAAGAAAACGUUUUGAUGAUGCUGCCUACAAGAAAAUGAAUGGUGGAGAACAUUCUGAUGAUGAUGAAAAUGAUGGUAAGAAAGAUGAUAGAAAAUCUAGAGAUAGAAGUGAAAAAAGAAGGAACAGAAGGCGCGGUGGUGGUGGAGAAGAAGAUGAAGAAGCUACUGGUUUUAUGUCAGAUGAAUUAAUAUUUAAUAAACAAGCAUUGUUCAAAAUUGAAAAAUUACUUUUAAUAUGGGGAUGGGGUAGAUGGAGUAUUUUAAAAGAUAACAGUGAUUUAACAUUUAGUGAAGAUGAUUUUAUUCAAGCAUCAAGAAUACUUGUAUUACAUUGUCUUCGUGAAUAUAAAUCAGAUGAAAAAGUACGUGAUUAUGUUUGGAAGUUAAUUUCACCAACAGAAGAUGGGAAGAAAAAUGAUUCUAAAGAGAUAACAACACCAGACUUGUUUAAUCAAGGAUGGGCUAGCCUUCCUGAAUAUAAUCCACCACAAAUAGCUGUAGAUGGUAUCUUUCAAAGACAUAUAAAUAGGCAUACAAAUAAAGUUAUUCAAAGAGUAUAUCAUUUAAGUAUAAUAACAAAUUUUAUUCUUAAAGAUAAAUUAGAAGAAGCAGGAGAUUUAGAAAAAAAAUAUGAAGAAAUAGAUAUAAAUUUACCUCCUAUUUCUGAUCCAUUUUUAGAUUAUUGGGAUUCAGAAUAUGAUAAAUGUUUCUUAAUAGGAAUAUAUCGUCAUGGUAUGGAAAAUUACGAUACUAUAAAAAAUGAUGAAACAUUAAUAUUUGCCAGAAACAAAACACAUGAUUUUCCAUCACAGCAAGAAUUGAAUGCAAGAUUUAAACGAUUGAUGAUAUGUUAUCAGAAAUAUCUUGAACUUCAACAACAAAUAGAUGAACAUAAAAGACAGAAAAAUCUUGCUGGUUGGCCUAAGGAAGAAAAAGAAGAUUUUCUACGAGUUCUAAAUUCUUAUGGUUUGAAGGAUGUGCCAGGUUCCAGUGAUGUUAUAGAUUGGGCAAGAUUUAAACAAAUUAGUAUACACCUCAAAGAUAAAUCUCAAGAAGAUUUGUUAGCUUUACUUUUUGCCAUAUAUUCAUUGUUAACUAAAAUUAGUGGUGGUGGGUUGAGUGGAAUUGAUGUCAAGAGAACUCAAGGUGUAGAUAUUUCACAAAAUAAAGCUCGUACAAUUAUAACUCGUGUUAAUUUAAUGCGUAAAAUACAUCAAAUUAUUAGUUUAACAGAAGAUGAAAUUAAAGAAAAUCUUAAAAUGCUUGUUUAUGAUUAUAUGCCUACUUCUUGGUGUUUAGAUAAUGAUUAUCAAUUUCUUAAAAUUGUUGAAAAUGUUGGUUUAGAUGAUGUUUAUAAACAUUGCAAAGAAUCUGAAUAUUUUAAGGACCAUACAUUACCAACAGAAAAAGUAUUGAUAAGAAGAGCAUUUGAAAUUGCAACAACUUUUGAAUAUGGUAAAUAUAUUCCAGUAAACAAUUCAGAUAGUUUUAUUGAUGAUGAUUCAGAAGAUUCAAAGAAAAGUACAGCACUACCAACACCUGUUAGAGGUAAUACACCAACUGUUUCUAAAAGUCGAGUUAAAAGAAAGAAUCAAAAAAGUCAAUCACCAGCUAAUGUCGUUUCAUCAACAGCUUACAAGCAAUCUGAAAGUGAUCUGACUACAAUGGAAAAAGAAAAAAUGGAAGCACUUAUGAUGCAAGCAAGUUUGCAAAGUAAUGAUCCAAAUUCUCUUGCAAUGCUUCAACUUUUAGCACAAUCUGGAUUAUUUGGAAAUGUAAAUGCACAAUUUCCAAUGGAUAAUAUGUCAAUGGAACAAAUCCAGCAAAUUCAACAAUUAAUUAUCUUAUCAAUGGCUAAUGGUGGACAAUUAUCUCAAGCACAUUUACAAACACUAAUUUCUUCUAUGACUCAAAAUCACCAGCAAACAAAAACUACAACCAAUAAUGAAAAAAGUAAAACAAAAUCUGAGGAGGCUUUAAAUUUAGCUAAAAAAGAUAAGACUUCAGAAUCUGACAAAAGCAAAGCUGAUGAAAUGAAAAAAACUGGAGCAUUGAGUAAAUGUAACUUUGAAGAGUUACUUCAACUUGCCAAUCGUUCUUCAGAUUCACGAGCUGCUGUUAUUAAUAUGGAAACUGGUGAAAGGUGGAAUGAUGAUCGAUGCCCAAAAAUCAAACAUCUUGAAGAAUGGUUAACAACUCAUCCAAAUUACGAACUUGACUUAGACGGAAAGAAAGAAAAAGAAUUUAAAGAAAAAGUUAAAACUAAACCUAAGAGUGAUGAACCACCAAAAUUAAAGUCAAUGUCUGAUGAGAAAAAUGAAAAUACAGUAGUUAGUGUUUUCCAUAAAUUGACAUCACAAAUUGUACCUUCAGAUAAAUGUCCUACUCUUAAGAAUCUUGCUUCAUGGUUAGAUAAACAUCCUGACUUUAAUGUUUCUUCAAAAUUUGCCACUACUGCUAAAAGUAUUCUUCCACGUAUCUAUCAUGAUAGAAUUGGAGGUGAAGAAGUAGCGUUACAAAAUUUAGAACAUAUAAUACAACUUCAGACUCAAGCACAAAUUCAGGCUGUUCAAAAUGCACAAUUGAUGAAUCCAAUGAUGGCUGCUUAUGCACAAUAUGCUGCUUUAAUGGCUUCAGGAUGUACACCUGAACAGCAACAAAUGUUAUUACUUGCUCAAUUACAAGGAUCUUUUGGUAACUCUAAUGUUGGUAUGCCUUCAUCAACUUCUUCAUCAAUGAUGUCAAAUAAUAGUUUUUCUUCAUCAAAACAAACGUCUUCAUCAAGUAAAAAAGAAUCAAGUAAUAAUAAAAGUAAACAAAAUACUUCAAAAUCAAACAAUGACGUUACAAAUGGAACAAAUGAAGCGUUACUAUUUCAACAAAUAUUAUCAGACCCCACCACAGCUGCAUUGUUUGCUAGAGCAAAUGGGAUAUCAGUACAAGAUCUUCAACAGUAUGCUCAAUUCCAGCAAAUGGCUGCGAUACAAGCACUUACUGCAAUGUCUUGUGGUAAAUCACAAGUUUCAGAAAAUACAAAUACCAAUACAUCAACAGUUUCAUCAUCAGGAAAUUCUAAAAAUUCAUUGGAUGAUCAAUUGAAUGCUUUAUUAAAUGGAACCUCAAAGCCAACAAAUAAUACCGGUAGUAAGUCUACGACAAGUAACAACUCUAAUAUUUCGAAUUCAUUGGCUGCACUAGCAGUAUCUUUAUCAUCAUCUACAGAUAACAGUAUUGAAGGAUCAUUGAAAGAUAACUCCAAACCAUCAACACCAGUUAAUUCAGAAGGAACUUCAGAAACUUCAACAAUAAAUACAAAUAAGGUUAAAAACAAUAAACUUAGUGCUGUAUUAGAUAAAUUAAACUCAUCAAAAGAUUAG